CAAGUGUGAGUUGGGAGGCCGGCACACUCUAUGGAAUGUGGCUGGGGUGAGUGACAGGAGCCAGUUGCAUGAGGCCACCAGUUUAGCUGAGGCUCUGAGUUUGAAACUGGCUUCCUUUUUCCGUUAUCAGGAUCAAACUAACAACACUUCAUCGGAAGGCUUUUAGCCCGUACAGUAUUAAGGAUGGCAAGUGGCAACCCAGUGUUUACCAGACUGGAGCAAAGGGCUUCAGAAGCAGAUCAGGUCAUAGAAUACCUCAAGCAACAAGUGGCACUGCUGAAGGAGAAAGCAAUUUUACAGGCAUCACUACGAGAGGAGAAAAAAUUGCGUGUUGAAAACGCUAAGCUGAAGAAAGAAAUUGAAAUCCUGAAAGAGCAUCUUGUACAAAAGGAGAUAAAAAAUGGAGUGAAACAAGUGGCUGUUCCUUCUAGCUCCUCCAUUGAGUCCACGUCUACCUCUGAACCGGUACCACAACCAGCACCGGUGAAAUCCUCACCACAAGCUCCUAAAACAGGUGGAGAGGAGAAGAAAAAGAAGGAAAAGCCUGAAAAGAAAGGUGAUAAAAAAGAAAAGAAACCUGCUGCAGCGGAUGAUGAUGCAAGACCAGUAGACGUUUCCCGUUUAGAUCUUCGUGUUGGAUGCAUCAUCUCUGCCAAAAAGCAUCCAGAUGCUGACUCUUUGUAUGUUGAAGAGGUAGAUGUUGGCGAAGCAUCCCCACGGACUGUUGUUAGUGGUCUCGUCAAGCAUGUGCCACUUGAGCAGAUGCAGAAUCGCAUGGCAGUGUUGCUCUGUAACUUGAAGCCUGCAAAAAUGAGAGGCGUUCUAUCCCAAGCUAUGGUUAUGUGUGCUAGUUCUCCAGACAAGGUGGAAAUUUUGGACCCUCCUAGUGGCUCAGUUCCAGGGGACAGAAUCACUUUUCAAGGAUUCCCAGGACUACCUGAUAAGGAGCUGAAUCCUAAGAAGAAGACGUGGGAGCAAAUACAACCAGAUCUCCAUACUAAUGAGGAAUGUGUAGCAUCUUAUAAAGGAGCAGCAUUUGAAGUGAAUGGAAAGGGUGUUUGCAAAGCCCAAACUAUGUCCAAGAGCAGUAUUAAAUAAACUAAGAAUUUCAUUUUAAGGAAGCAAAGAACACGUUAAAUAAAUGCAAGAUAUUUCUUCAUUACUA